AAUGGCGUCAUCAAACAGCGACCCUUCAGCGGGACUAUCGCGGCUUUUGAAACAAUCGGUGGUGUCGCUUCAUUGAACAGUCACUUUUGAAGCUGUUUCUCCUUCCCCCCCAAGAAGUUUAACAUGAUCGAUAUGAUCGAAAAGGAGGACCCGGUCAUCACCGAGGAAGAGGCGGCUCAGUACGACCGCCAGAUCCGGCUUUGGGGCUUGGAUGCCCAGAAGAGACUGCGUGGCUCCCGGGUUCUUCUGGCAGGUUUGGGUGGCCUGGGGGCUGAGGUGGCCAAGAAUUUAAUCUUGGCUGGAGUGAAAGGACUCACCUUACUGGAUCAUGAGAAGGUGACAGAGGAGUCGUGUCGCGCUCAGUUCCUGGUUCCGGUGACCGAGCACGGCCGGAAUCGAGCCCGGGCGUCCCUGGAGCGUGCACAGAACCUCAACCCCAUGGUGGAGGUGCUCGCCGACACGGACAGAAUAGAAGACAAACCCGACACUUUCUUCUUGCAGUUCAAUGCAGUUUGUCUCACUGGCUGCUCCAAAGAUGUAAUGGUGCGCAUCGACCAGCUGUGCUCGCAGCACAACAUUCUGGUCUUCUGCGGAGAUGUCCAUGGUUACUACGGUUACAUGUUCUGCAACCUAGGGCCUGAACACAACUACGUGGAGGAGAAACCCAAAGUGGUGAAGAAGUCCUCAGGAGACUCAAAUGACGGUCCUGACGCCAAGAAGGUCAAAGUGGACCUCAAUGAGACCACUAUGGUGAAAAAGACAUCCAAGUUCUGCAGGCUGAAGGAGGCUCUGGAGGUGGACUGGACCAGCGACAAGGCCAAAGCCGCCCUCAAGCGCACGCCCGUCGACUACUUCCUGCUUCACGUGCUGCUGAAGUUCCGCACGGACAAGGGCCGAGAUCCCGACCCACAAUGCUUUGCAGAGGACAGCCAGUUGCUGAGCCAGAUCCGCCAGGAUGUCCUGGACACUUUGGGGGUGGCCAGCGAGGUACUCAACGAUGACUUUAUCAGUUUCUGCUUCUCAGAGAUGUCACCAGUGUGCGCAGUUGUGGGAGGAGUACUUGGACAAGAAAUUGUCAAGGCUCUGUCCCAGAGAGACGCUCCACAUCGCAAUUUCUUUUUCUUCGAUGGUCGAAAAGGAAACGGCAUGGUGGACUAUUUUGGACCAAACUGAGUGUGUGCAGACAGCUCGCUCUACCAUCUAUCCAUCUCACAUCCAAUAGCAUUUGUUUAUUUAUGGCAUCGCUCACCAUUUUCAUGACUUUUGACAUGUUCUUACAUUUGGUAAUAAAGAAUGCUUCAGAAAAGCAUCA